AUGAGCGACACGACAGACACCGGAAAUUCUUACACCGCCGAAGGAAGCGUCAGCUACAUCAUUGGAAUCACCUUUGCCGUCCUCAUCCUCCUGAUCACACUCUCAUACGCUUCCUAUAAGUGCAACCGCCGCAACAAUAGAAGCUCUUCAUCAUCACCACCCGAAAACGAUGACAACAACCAUCAAUAUAUGAAUUUCUCUAGAGGCGUUGAUGAGGACGUUCUUGUGACUUUCCCUGUGUUUGUUUACUCAGAGGAUACGAUUCCCAAAAAUAAUAUUGGCUCGGGUUGUUCUAUUUGUUUGGCGGAUUACAAGCCUUCGGAUGUUGUACGGUUGUUGCCCAAAUGUAGUCACUUUUUCCAUCGGCAUUGUGUAGAUACGUGGUUAAAGGUUCAUCCUAGUUGUCCAGUGUGUCGGGACUCCCCAUUGGCCGUCAAGCUAUCGAUUCAACUAACAGAGUUGACAGUUUGA